AUGGUUGCUGAAGCGAAUUCGAGCAGAAGCCCCGGAAUCUCGGGAAAUCCAUCCAAAAAACGACAAGAAAUCGCAGAAAAUGGCCAGAAAGAGGAGAGUUUAUUCAGUCCGGGGUUCCGAUCAGUCGCCGCGAUGGCUGGGUGGGACGAAGAGGCGCUGCUGGUCGCAAGCCUCAUCGUCGAAGACAAUCCCGAUCCACAGUUCAAGCAGAAGAAGAGAACCGACUUGCAAAGUUUGAAAACCCCACAGACAAAUUCAAGAAGGUUGUAUUUGCAUGUUUUGCUAAGUUACGCGUUUAAAUUCGAUGAGACAGCCAUUGCAGAGGUAGAGAAGCAUAUUAAGGCAGAUGAGGAAGUGGACGCAAAGAGCAGUGAUGUUUCCAGCUCUACCCCUUUGAUUCCAUGCCUUGAUCGCCUCCGGGAGGAGCUCUCUUGUGCUAUUUGCCUCGAGAUAUGUUAUGAACCGAGUACCACGCCUUGUGGACACAGUUUCUGUAAGAAAUGCCUGAGCUCCGCAGCUGAUAGAUGCGGGAGGAAGUGCCCCAAAUGUAGGCAGAUCAUUAGCACAGGGAAGUACAGCAAAGUGAACACGGUACUGUGGAACACGGUGCAGCUGCUGUUCCCACAGGAGGUAGAGGCUAGAAAGGCAGCCGAUGAAUCUGCCACAGAGGCCCUCGAGCAGCCUUCUCAAUCGAGAACAAGGAGCCAACAUACUAGGCAAAGCAGAGGUGUUGUGGAAUUGCGUAGUCUUGAGUCGUCUAACAAUUCUGCCGAGAGGAGAAGAAACCGCGAACAACGCAUCAGAAACCGGGCUCAGUCGAGCAGAGGGGAUGUUGCAAGAACAGAGCUGCCGGGCCAGGACAGGGAUGCUGCUUUGGCCCUGAGGCUGCAGAGGGAAGAAUUUAUGGAGGCUUUCACGGGACCUGAUGACCGGAGGAGGGGCUCACUUGCACCUGCAACUGCGAGAGCUAACUUGAGGGCUAUGGCCUCGAGGGCCAUUAACAUUCGGAUGAGCAGAGGACGACGAGAUUAAAACAAAAAAGAAUUACAUGUGUUUUUUUUAAAUGAUGCUUUUGAAUUUGUAACUGUCUGUAUUCACUAUUCACUUUGUGAAUCUCCAAUAUACAAAUUUAACCCAA